AAAUACAAAACCCACUCUGCCAUGCAUGCCUCUUCCCAAAGACUGGCAGCGAGAGCCGGCUUCACUGACGUCAUCAGCAGUCGACCAGCAACACGCUGGAAACCACGGGAAGGUCAUAGUGCUUCUUCCUCUACAAAGAUGGCAGCUGCCUUGUGUCAGUGUUACCGGGUAUGUAAAGACUAGUAAUAUGAAUGCCAACCUUUUACUUCCCUACCAUGACCUUAAUGGAAGGAUAUAAGCAUUCCCUUUCCAAUUAGUCUCUGGGUGGGCUGCAAGGGACCCUAAUCUGAGGACACUGAAUGAGUAGGGCCUCACCUCUUGUCAUGCCUAUAGCCCUGUGCUGGGAUCAUGUCAGUUUAUUUUUCUGUGUUAUUUAAUUUGUUCAGUUUGCGAUAAAUAUUUCUUCAUCUAAUAAUGAAAUCACCACCUGAAGCCAUUUAUCAUACAGUGUACCUUCUUCUACUAUAUCUUCCCCAUUACAUACAUAUUUCUGAUGCAACCACUGAGCAGACUGGGCUAAUAAUCCUAUCAAUAUAUUGUGUUAUAUAAACGACUGGCUCAUUUAUAGGUAGCAUUUGGAAAUAAAUCAAUAAAAAAAAACACAAGUGGACAGGGCAUUAACAUAUAUAAGUGAACUUAAAUACACUACAUCCAAAUGUACACUGACAAAUAAUAUUGGUGAAACAUCCCACAUCAAACCCAAACAAGCUCAUACAAUGUGAGUGUAUUACUUAUAAAGAACCUCUUAUGUCAUGGUAUAUAAUUACUAUGAUGCCCUAUGAGAGUGUAUGUUUCUCUAUAUUACAGUGACAUCAACUUGUAACUUUACUUUUUCACAUAAUUUGAUGUGGGAUUAGUUGGCAGUGUACACUUGGAUGUAGUGAAUUUAAGUUCAAUUAAAUAUGUUAAUGCGCUGUACGCUUGUUUUAAAAAAACAAAUGUAAAUUUUGUUUUAUUAAUUGUGAUUGGUUUCACGUGUUUACAAGCUGAACGUUUUCUUAUAUAGCUCCGAUUAAAUUGCGCAUUUGUUUUGUAUUAGCAUUUGGGAAUCGUGAAUGUUGCCUAAUGUUUUGCUUAUGUGCUACUGCUGUAAACAUUCUGCAUUGGGGAUCUGUGUGUGUCUGUUGUGUAGAUUACUCUGUAGUCAAGACCAGGCGUUAAAUGGACACUAUAGGCACCCAUACCUUUUCAUUCUCAUUAAAGUGGUCUGGGUGUAUAUUCAAAGGUCCCUUAGCCCUGCAGUGGUAAUUAUUACAGGUUUUAAUAAACUGCAAUAACUACCUGCCAGGGUUAACUUCCGGGACGUUAGGUGACUUUUCUUCGCCUGACUCUGGAUGUCCUCGUGCUAUGCAAGACCCCAUAGGAAACUUUGUUUUCCCGACACUAUAGUUUCCUUUUAAUAAUGAAGUGCUGGCUUAUAUAUUUAGAAUAACCUGACACCAAAUCCCAACUUGGGCCUUGAUUUAACAUUGUUGGAUAAGCUUUCUAAAUUUAUUUAAUAUAUUUGAAUAUACUUUAAAAAUUAUUUAAAGUGAAACUAUAGUCACCAGUAUAACUACAGCUUAAUGUAGUUGUUCUGGUGAGUAUAGUGAGUCUCUGCAGGCUUUUUGCAGUAAAAGGAAAAGGCAGUGUUUACAUCAAAGCCUAGGGACACCUCCAGUGGCCACUCAUCAGACAGCCAUUAGAGGUGCUGCCUGGGGCAGUGCUGCACAUUCUACAUGGAGACGCUGCACUUUCCUCGUAGAGAUGCAUUGAUUCAAUGCAUCUCUGAGGAGAUGCUCAUUGGCCAGGGCGGUGUUUUGGUCCCGCCUUCGCCUCCUUGCUGAUCUCAGCCAAUCCAAUGCUUUCCCGGGGAGGGGCAGUAUUUGGCCCUGCCCCAUCCAACCUACUUACCGAUUCCAGCCAAUCCAACGCUUUCCGUAUGGGAAAACAUUUGAUUGGCUGAAAAUCCGCAAUUCUGUUAAUUUCACCAAGGAGGGGGAUCGGGAGCGGGGCCAGCGUCGGCGGACAUGCAUGGUGUUGUAAAUAAGAUGAGUUUUCACCUUUUCUAAAUGGUGGUUUUAACACUAUAGGGUUAGGAAUACAUGUUUGUCCCUCGGCACUGGUAACCUCUCCUCCUCCAUCGAUGUCAGCUUCUGAGUGGAGUCGCAUGCACGGCCAGAGGCGCGCGCAUUGAAACCCGCCCAUAGGAAAGCACUACUCAAUGCUUUAUUAUGGGGAUCUUUUUUUGAUUUACUCUGUGUAAAUCGCUAAAACGGCCUCUAGUGGCUGUCAGGGAGACAGCCACUAGAAGCUGGAUUUACCCUGCAGUAUAAACAUAGCAGUUUCUCUGAAACUGAAGUGGUCUGUGUGCCUAUACUGGUCCUUUAUAUAAGCACCAAAAUAACCUGCUUAAAUGCAAGGUAAUUUUUGUACUGGGGACAAGUACAAAUAAAUGGUCUUUUAUUGCAGAUAAUACUCACAAAUCUCAUUGUGGAUGGUGUGGAACAUGCAAUAUAUAUGUUUAACAGAUGGAGUCUCCUAGAGUUGUGAGAUGUGUCGUCAGAUAUCUCUGUAACCUCCAUCAGUAUGAACAGCUCAGGAUGACAGAGCAUUCACAAAGAUCUUUCCCAUGACCCCAUUGCCACCCAUAACAACUUAUGUGUGUGUGUGUGUUACUGUGGUCUACUGUAAAUGAUCCCAAUGUGCCAGUCUAGACUAAGAGAACAUUGAGAUUUUAGUCUAUCAGGCAAUGCUUAAACCACUUGACAGAGAUAGCAAAGUGUCACUAAAGAUGUAGUCCCUAAAAGAGAAAAAGAACUACAGACAGAAGCAAAUCCCUGUAAUUAAAAUGUAGCUUUUAAUCUAAGUUUAAAAAUGCACAUCUAGAAAAUGGGAAAAUAAACAAAGACAGAAAAAUGCCCAGGACCCACACAGCCUACCCAGUAGAGCGCACUAGUGGCUGCUUACUUAAAGUGCCUGGUCUGUUCUAUAUAGCAUAUACAAGAGGUCCUAAAUGAACGUAAAGUAACAAUAAAGUAAAGACAUGUUGGAAAAACCCAUCUACACAUUUACUGUGGGGUGUGUGUGUGUGUGUGUAUGUAUGUGUGUGUAUAUAUAUAUAUAUAUAUAUAUUAUUAUUAUUAUUACAUUGUGGUUUUUUUUUUAAAUGUAUUUCCUGUUCUGUUUUAGCUGCGCAUGUCGAGCAGACAUAUAAUCCUGUUGGCAAAACAUCCUUUGUCUAUAGUGAAUAAUGGCAGCGUUUAUCGGAUAUGUCGCCCUGCUCUGGAAUCCCAACAGGUAAAAGAAAAAUGUUAUCAAUACCUUAAUAUGUUAAAGAAUACAAAGGGUUAGGUCAUGCUUUGACAAAUUAGCUUUGAAUGUAGGAGCCAAUUAAAAAAGUUAGGAGCUAGGUUUUUCAAACAUAUACAUUUUUUUUUAUUUUCAACAACAAAAUACAAUUCUUAAAGGGAUACUAUAGUCACCAAGGCCACUACAGAUUAAUGUAGUGGUUCUGGUGUCUGUAGCCUGUCCCUGCAUGCUUUUCAGUUUAAACACUGUCUUUUCAGAGUUUACAUUGCUGCCUAGUAACACCUCUAGUGGCGGUCACUCAGACCACUAAAUUUCUUCCUACCUCAGUGCUGCCAAGUGUGAGGAGAUGCUGAUUGGCGCAGCAUUUAACAGUGCAUGCGCAAUAGCUUCCCAAUACUUUCCCAUGGAAAAGCAUUAGAUUGACAGAGAUCAUUAAUUGUGGUUAUCUCAACCAUAGAGGCGGGGCCACAGCGUAGGGGAAAAAGGUGAGUAAAAACACCAUGCCCAUGUGAUCGGAGGAGGGCAGGUCACCUAAACACAAACGCAUACACUAACAGAAAAAUAAACGCACACAUACGGUGACAGACACACACACUGACAAACACACGUACUAUGACUGGCACACAUGCACAAACACAUUAUUAUUUUUUUUUCAUGCAUUUGUGUUUCACCCAUCCUCUGUACCUUUGGGAGAACUAGAGUGGAUCAGUGGAUCUGUGUUUUCCUGGGGUCCAGUGAGCAGCCGGCUGUGGGACGGUGAAGGCGUGUGGCUGGCAGCGAGGGAACUGUUUUCUUCCCUUGCUCUGCUACCUCACGCACUGCUUAGUGAUGCCAGGGCUGGAGUGAUGUCAUAUUCCGGCUCCGGAAUCACUAACUGGCGCGUGAGGUAGCAGAGCAGGGAGAUUACAGCUCUCUCGCCUCCAGCCUAUACAACACGCAACCAGCUGCCCGCCUGCCUCAGAGAGGAUGGGCUCCCAAAUCCCAGCCGCCAGGCCAAAAUUCCUGGUCGUCAUGGUGACCUGGCGCCAGGGAUUUGUCAAGCCCUGAGUUAGAUUAAUAAGUGGAAAUAGAGUAUUGUUAUAUUUUAGAAAAAAGUAAAAGAAAAGUCAAACAAUGACCUACAGCCUUUCUUAAGUAGCAAUUAUCAGAUAUACUUAUGAAAUCAAUUUCAUAUAUUUUGAGCUUACUUAAUUUCAAUUUUUUUUUUUUUACCAUUUUCUUCUCAAAAUUUGUGUUAUUUUUAUUUUCUAAUUUUUUUGUACUCUGGUCUCCUAUAUUCUGAGUUUGCAGUACUCUGGUCUCCUAUAUUCUUUUUUUUAUAAUUCUUUAUUUUUGUUGCGCAUUUGUUUAACAUAGUCGCUUGAGAUGCCACAACAGCUGUCUCAGGCUUCAAACAGAAAACAUGAAUAAACAUUUGGCAUUGAAAUACUUUGCACAAUUUUAAAUUAGGAAAGUAAGUUCCCACGUUACAUCCUUCUAAUUAGAAUUAUCGCUAGAUCGCCAUAGUCUCCUGUUUGGAGGAAGAAGUUGUAUGGAUAUAGUGUAAUCUGUACAUCCAGUAUGUGUGUAGGGUUCUGAGUAGCUAUUCCUCCUCCCAUGUUAGUGAUUUGAAAUAUGUACUAUGGCGAUAAAUAAUUUUGCCCCACUCCUUGUUAGUGUGGCUCAGUUUGGGGGUCCCAGGUUCUGGCUCGCUUGGUGUGGGUGUACUUAAUGUCAACCCUGGGUCUUCCCAUGUGUUUAAGUGGUAUUCGUGCGGUAUCAAGUGGUUAGUGGCCCCUAACCAGGGAGGCCGCGGGGGGGCGGAAUAUACCAGCGGCCUAUAGUUGGCCCUAACCUAAGAGUGUUUUGCCGUGUAGUGUGCUACUCGUCGUGGCUAUAGCGGUGUGCCGUAUUUUGCCAUUACGUGGAUUAUAUAAUCCUGGGAAACAUAGUGUGCCUUACAGUGGUGCCUAGGUGCCAAGCCUUAAACAAUUGAGAAAAAUCAAGUCGAAAACCAGUGAAAGUCAAAUUAUAGCGAAACAAUAAUUAUAGCGGUAGAGGCUUCGUAGUUGAAGCGCGUUUAUGGAUUGAGAGACAGUCAGUGGUGUCAGGUGGUUGCCUCAGGGGCUCCUCUUCCCCUCGGUAGAAAAGGGACAGUCCUGUUGGGGUCCCACAUAUGGGAGCUGGCGGGUACUUCUGUGUGGUCAGAUCCUUGUGGUAGUCCCAGUGCCUUAAUGAAAGAGUCCACCUCCUGAGUGGAGUUGAGGUGUAGAGUGGUGCCGUUGUGGUCCACCGAUAGUGUUUUUGGUGCAGUCCAGCGGUAUACUAACUUGGCGUCUUGGAGGCGGCGGGUCAUAGGGCGCAGGGUUCUUCUCCAUUGGAGUGUGGAUCGUGUCAGGUCCUGAUAGAAGGUAAGACUCGCGGUUUCAAAGUCCAAUGGUGUUUUGCCUUUUAGGGCAGCGAAGAUGGCAUUUCUGUCUGUUUGGGUAUGGCACCGUACGAUCACAUCUUUGGUUGCUUGGGGGGGUGCCUGUGGCGAUUUCCGGAUGCGAAAUAUCCCUGCUAUAUUUAAUUUUUUGGCCUGUGCGUGUGGCAUUAUGGUGGCGGCCAGACGUCUAAAGUAGUGUGGUAGUUCCGCCUGACUUAUUUCUUCAGGGAUACCCCUGAUUUUCACAUUGCUCUUACGGCUUCUCUCUUCUGCUGCAUCCAGCUUGUUGAUCAGGGUUGUGUGUGAUGCUUUUAGUUGGUGCACUGUUUCUUUUAGGCUUCUCAUUUCGUUUUGAACAUCUAUAAUGUCUUCUUCAGUGGUCUUCACUCGGUCUGUGACCGCCUGCACCUCCGUUUUCAUUAAAGCCAUGUCUGCUGCGGACAUUUGUUUCAGCUCCAUGAGGAGGUUUUUAAUGUCUAAUUUUGUGGCAGGUGUCAGUGCAUCAGGGUCAGUUUGGGCUGAGUGAUGUUCUAGGGUGUCCCCCAGGGCAAGUUCCGAGCACGUGGAGCCUGUGUCUGGGUCGGGUGUGGCCGCCAUUUUCGGUGCCGCUGUGCGCUGGAGCAUGGUGCUAAUGUCUUGGGUAUCUUUGCACGCACCUGUAGCUAUCCGCUGGGAUUUUCGUCCCAUGUUUAUCGGGUCGGUGUCUGUGUGCUCCGUGGGCGGUAUGGCAGUGGAGAAGACCGCGUUGUGGAGCGCCGUCUCAAAGGCCCUGUAGUCUGGAUAGGCCUUGGAUGUGCGGCGUACUUUCCGUCCCGUCUGGCGGUAUAAAAAGGGCAUCGAUCAGGUGAGUGCUUUGCCCCUCUGUCCUGGCCGUCGGUUGAUAGGAUUAUAAGGGCUGUGAGAGGUUUGUUUGUCGGUAAUUAGCCGCGUUUUUGCCGGAGCUCGCUACACAUGCGACCGCUCCGUUCCGUGGUUAAGCUCCGCCCUUUUAUUUUCUAAUUUUUACAUAUACAUACUGCAUAUUUUUUACAUCUCGUGUGUGGCACUGUAAUGCUAUGCUUUUAACUGCACUCGGCCACAUCUCCUGAGUACAUUUAUAUCCCCAAUGUAUAACUUUGCAGACUUAAUUCAAAGAUGCAGGGUCAAAUUACCUGCAGUGAGCAGAUUUGUUUAUUUUUUAUAUGAGAAAAGUGAAGAUGUGUCUAUGUUGUCAUCAGUGAUGCAAACCGAUUAGGGUUGUCGUUAUAACCCUAAUACUAACUAUACUGCUAACCCUAACUGUAACCCCAUCUGUAACCACAAACAUGAAUAUUAAAGGGAUACUAUAGUGGUAGGAAAACAAAUCUGUAUUCCUAGCACUAUACUUCCCACUGCCUCCCCUCCCCCACCAAACCCUUACUUACCCGAAUCCAGCGUUGAUCUCCCUCAAUGAUGGGUCGGCUCUCCUCCUCCUGAUGUCACCUGAUUGGGGUCGAUAAUGCGAGAGAGCCGCAAGUGUGUUAGGCCAUCCACAUAGGAACGCAUUGCUGCAAUGCUUUUCUAUGGGGAUUUUACUGACAAUAGAGGUCCUCAUGCAGAGCGUGAGGACUUACAGCGUCAGUUAGGCGACCAAAAGCUGCAUGGCAAUCAGGAAGUGCCUCUAGUGGCUGUCUGAUUGACAGCUACUAGAGGCAGUCUUAGUCCUAUGCUUAUGCAAUUUCUAUAAAACUGCAAUGAUUUACAUUGCAGGACUAAGGGGGAAACAGGACAUUGCUCCCAGACCACCUUAAUGAGCUGAAAUAGUCUGGGUUCCUAUAGUGUCCCUUUAAUUAACUCUAAAUUCUAAAUGAACUAACCUUACUGCUGACCCUAACUGUAACUGUUGCUCUAAUCACUAACUAACCCUAACCUAAUUACUAACAUACAGUAUCACUAAACAUAAUCCUAGAGUAAUGUUAGUGGGAUUCCCUUGCUGAAGUCAGCAGAGAGAUUCCCUUACAGUGCAACGUGCACUUACAGCAUAAGAGGAAUUAUUUCCCUCUCUGCUGCUAAAUCAUAUAGUGACAAAACGACUUAAAGCCCUUUUACAGGGAGAUUACACACACACAGGAAUCAGCACUGGGUAGCAAUGCUGACCACCCUUUGAUGAUUGCGCUGCAUGGAGACCCCAUCAAGGUUUUUUCAAACCCUCUAAGUCAACUAGGAAAUUCAGCUACAGUAACUUAAUGGCUCUGUGCAGCAGUCUCUUUGACACAGCUCAUUGGUCAGCAUAGGGCCAAUAAUAUUGGCCCUUGCUGACAGAGCAAAGCCUCAGUUAUCGAGUGAAAAUGCUGUGGGAGGGAAUUAUUCCAUCACGGGUCCUAAACGGUAGGACAUCCAUGACGGAAUAAUUCAGUCAUGCGCUGUUAAGAGGGUUAAGCAGUUAUACCAAACAGGUACUAAUAAUUUGUAGGUUGAACACACAUUUCUUAAGUGAUACAUAAAUAGCUGUGUAGAAUGAGUAAAUCUGAGAGAGGAACAGCCACAAUUUUCACAAUAGUGUAUACAUUUUGGGGGUGAAUCAGGAAUACUAACUGCAAAGCCGUCUGCAUUUAAUCUUUUGGCUAGAAUAAAUGAGUCUCAAUAUUUCUGCUUCUCCAUCUGCUACAGUUACGGUACUAUGCAUCAGAAGGUAGAAGAGGAUUUCUCUCAGGACUUCUUGACAAUAUUAAACAAGAGCUCUCGAAAAACAAGGAAAUGAAAGAAAAUAUUAAGAAAUUCCGUGAGGAGGCAAAGAAAUUGGAAGAAUCCGACGCCCUUCAACAAGCUCGUAGGAAAUUUGUAAGAAUUUUAUUAUUAUGAAUGUUUAUCAUGUAUUAACGGCAACUUUGUUUUUUGUUUCUAAGGAACUAUCUUCUACGUAACACUGUUUCAAGGGAACAAUGAAAGCCUUUGAAUUUGAGGCAACACAUUUGUAGAUAAAGAAUGUUUUUUUAAUCAGCCUAUGUUCAUUUUACUCACAUUUUAAUUGCAUCUUAAAGGGAAACUUCUGAGUAAAAAGGAUCCUUUAUUUUUGAAUACAUUAUAAAUAUGCAAGUAAGAGUACUUCAGUUAAAAUGUUCUAGAUUCGAGAUAUCAUCUUAACCUUUGUGUCGUGGUGCAGCUCUACCUCAGGAUCCUAUCAAUAAGCAAGCCAGCUAUUCCGUAUUAACAGUUUUUGGUACUGCAGAGAAGUAAAGUGUACAAGAUAUUGAGAAGUAAGACUCUAGGGUUGAUUUAAGCCGUGAUGAAGUUUUCUGGAGCAAAAAUGUUCCGUAGGAAAUCAAAAAGCAUAACACUAUAUACUUCUGGGAUACAUUCUGCAGCUUAUGGGUUACAUAUAUAAUCUUACCUAUGAUGACCUUUCUGCAUUUGUAGUCGUGUACCUGCCUUAAAGGAAUACCCCAAGCACCAUAACUACUACAGCACGUUAUGUUGCCAAGAGUGUCCUGGGCGUCCCACCCACAUUGUAAGUAGUCAGACACUUUCCAACAUUCUCUCUGCAGCCAAGAUAGCGAGGCGCUCCUAUUUAACAGCUUCAGUUAGUUCUCCUGAGCUAAGCCCUGUGCGGGGCUAGCUUACUGCCUGAUACCAUCAAAACUUUUUACACUUUUUUUUUUCCUUGUGACAGAAAACAAUUGAAUCAGAAACAAUGAAGACGUCUGAGGUGUUCAAAAAGAAAUUUGAGGAGCUGUCAGACACUGUUAAAGAGGUAAACCAUUAACUUCAAUAACCCGUAUUGUGAAUAAAAAGUGGCAAGAUUUUAAGAGAAAUCUACACAUUUGUCAGUUGGUUUAGGAAUGCCCCCUCCUCCCAUCAGUUCCUAUUGGUUUAGAAAGGCUCCCCAGGACCGUCCAUCUGACAACCAGUAGGGAUUUCUGAUUCACUCUGCUUUAAUGAUCUUCAAACAGAAGGGAGAGCUUACAUUGAGAAGCGUUAUCCUGAUGCUUCCCUAUGAGAAGCGUUCCUAUUUUUUCACAUGCACCAAUUUCGGCAGCAGAAUUAGGCAGACUCCUAAUGAGUGGGAGAGAAGCAGCAGCAGCAGAGGACAUGCCCCAUGAGAAUUUUUUUAAAUCUUUAUUUUUGGGGGAGAAGUCCGGUGGGGGGGGGCAAGCGCCUAGCAUUUAGAGUUGUAAAGGAACAUGCAAAACAUUAAAACCAUAUAUCGUUUUUUAACAUUGUUCCAUAUUUUUCCUUUAAAGCGCUUCCAACUUUUGUCAAAGGUAUACAGCAAUGAAUGGUUAGUUUAGCCAUCUUGGUAAAUCCCAUAGAGCAGAGUUAGGCAACCUUCAUCUCCUAUAAAGCUGGUAAGCACCAUAGGAGAUGUAGUCCAUAACAUCUGUAGUGCCGAAGGUUGCUUGUCCCUGCCAUAGAGAAACAACCACACAAGUUCUCCUGUAUCUAACUAUGUAUUGACAUUUUAUCGUUCUUAACAAAAAGACAUUCAAGGCUUCAUAACCACUACAAAAAGCUGCAGUAGUUAUGCUUCUUAGAUUGUACAUUUAGGGAUCAGAUAAAUAUCCACUUUCGUCCUUUUGUUUUAUAAUGUCUAAAUGAUGGUUAAUCGGUUUCCGGUGCUGGUAAAGUAUCCGAUAAAGAAGGAUUACAAACAAACGAAAAAUAACACAAAAAAAAGAUGUAUGAGAAAAUGGACAGUGGUCCUCUGGUCUCAAAUAAGUAUUUGCUCACAUUUCCCAUUACAGAGCGAGAAAAUUUUUAUUUUGCAUCAGACUAACCCCAUCCAUAAUCAAAAAUACUAGCAUGUUUCCGCUGCACAAAAGAUGCAGUCACACAUGACAGUUGUUUCAUCCCUCUUUGGGCAUCAUCAGUGAGAUAUAGCUUAGAACUCUUGUUAUUGUGAGCAAAGGAUCUGGAUUAUCCUUUAAUUUGGGGAGAUCUGAGUAAAUGCUUGAAACCAAAAACAAGGAAAUUGUGUGACAACACUGAAAUUGAACAGAAACUCAGUAGGUUACCCUUUGGUUAGUUCCUGCUCAGAUCUUAAACAGGUUUUGGCUUUUACAUGCCUAAAGGAUUAGUUUGCAAAAUAAACGAGAUUGGUAAUUCUAGUAAUGUCCUACAUGGUGUUGUUAUAUUUGUAUGGUGUAAGCUGUUGAGGUGGCUCUUUUGUAUUUGUUUGUGCAGAGCUUGGAUGAAGUCAGCAAGAGUGACCUUGGACGUAAAAUCCGGGAAGGGGUAGAAGAAGCGACAAAAAGCGCCAAACAUUCGGCUGAAUCGGUGACCAAAGGAGGAGAAAAACUUGGCAAGUCAGCUGCCUUUAAAGCAAUCUCUCAGGUAAGGUUUAACUACUUACAGUGGUGAAACACCAGCUCUUUCCUGACACCAUAACCAGUACAGUUGUAGUUGUUAUGGUGCUUGACGUUUUCCUUUUAUAGGGCUUGGCAUGCGUGAUAGCUUCCCAACUUCCAAUCAUAUAACUACUUACUAACAUUGUAUGUGCCACCAUGAUGCAGAAAUCCCAUCCUUUGCAAAAACUUGUUUAUGUAUCGAAUACAUAUAUACAACCAGAAAUUGUGGCCUUGGGAACCAAGAGUUUAUGGUAUAUAUGUAAGAAAGAUAUUUGUAAAACCAGAGUGAGAACCACACUUUGAUAGAGUAGGAAUAAUUAUGUGACAAACAAAUAUAUACUUGCACUCUUCUUUAUUUGUAGGUCUCACAGAUCUAGAAAAAUAUUUAAAACACAGACCUAGUGUAUAUUGUCAAGAUACAGUCUAUUAUGUGGUACUCUUUAAUAAUUAAACUCACAAUUGUGGAGUGGUUAUAGUACCACUAGACUAUCAGGCACAGGGAGGAUCCAAACGUGGAUAAUCACACAAGCUCACCAUCAGCCGAAGAUGUGAAGUAAAAUACUUUAUUCACAAAAAACAAAUAUAAAAGUAAAAGGGAUAGUCCUGGGUGUUGUUACACAAACAGUCCGAGUUCCGUCUCAGGGUAUCUCCCAGCUGAUUGUCGUCUCUCUGUAUACGUGCAGGUACUUCUGGGUUCGGCUGUGUUAUGCGUUUCGCUCCCCGCCUCUCGGGGCUUUCUCAAGCAUAAGGGGAAUUCUGUUAUGGCCGUCUUUAAUAUGAUGUCAGAAAAGUAACGAUGUCCAGCCCAUUCUGGCAUUAAAAGUCUUACUACAAAUUAUAAUAUUUCUUCACUCAAUAACAUAUUAUCAGUCUGUGGAACAGAACUUGAAAAAGAACAUGUGUUCUGAAACAAUUAUUCAUUCACUCAGUCCAUGAGAGCAGCAACAUAUCGUCUGUCUUAAGACCAUACCUGCAUAUUUAAACACUAUAAUAAAUAUAUUAAAAACAUGAUACACGGUACCUGCUAAUGCAGAAUACUAUACCAGAAAACCCAAUAAUAAGGUAAUAGAAUACAUCCCUAAACAGGCUCUGCAUCCGUGGAAACCUGUAAUUUUCCCAAAGCAGUUACUUGUGACAUAAAAAUAAAACAAUCUUUAAAUAAUGUAACCUCUAAAUACACGAUAGAAACUGCAUAUUGUAGCUACCCUGGAUUUCCUUAAGUUUAUCUUUUAGUUUACGCCUCUGGAAACAAUAGUUUUGUCCACUAGCAAAUCGGUCCAAUUGGAGCUGUUGAGGGGGCGGGGCCUAAUGCCAAUGGGGAACGGACACCGACCGCCAAAACCACCACAAAGAGGGGUACCCCGCGGCCAUCGGAUCCCCUAACACAAACCAACACCCUCUGGAAGGGGUGAGCUACGGGCAUAUGCCUUUUUAUGUACCCGAAAUCGGGCAAGAAAGCUCGCCGCAAAUCCGGGGCCUACCUCAGAUACACUACCACGCGGGCUGCCGCACAGGACCUCGAGGCUGAGCUGGAAGACUGUGCAGUUCCUCCUGGAGGCCUGUUGAAUCCCUAUAGCACAGAGACAUCAUGGGACGUAGAAGCCAGAAACAGCAGCCUGACCCCUGCAAACACUCCCAGGAUAUGCUGCAGCGCCCAAUGGCCCCUAAAAUGGCGGCCCGGCCAGACACGGGAACACAAAGUGCUGACCUCACUGCAUAAUUAAAUUCCACCGUAAACGCCAGUACACCCACGACGUCCCAAGAGGAACUGACAGACCAAGACCCACUAGCUCCUGCUACCAAACAGGACAUUGUCAACCUCCUCAGGGAGCUGCGACAAAUGUCAGCGGCAGAAAUAGCUGUGGUCCGCACCGAUGUGCAGGCGGUAAAGGCUCGUACACAAGCCACAGAGGAUGCAGUGCUGGAGCUCAGGAGAGAGGUACGGGACUUGAGGGAUCAAAUGCAAGGCCUCCAUCACUCGCAUACAUCCAUGACACAGAGGGUAGAUGUUACAGAGGACCGUAACAAAGUCCGAGGUGUCCCAGACUCAAUUAGCCAGUUGGAAUUGCCACAAUACCUACGGCGUCUGGUGGAAACACUCCUACCACACUCCCAGGCUAAAACUAUCCAGUUUGACGGCUGCUACAGAAUAAAUAAAUCUAAACUGGCCCCAACUGAGGCCACCCACAACAUAAUUAUACGCUGCCACGGUGUCAGACCGGAACCGCCUCCUGGCUGCGGUGAAGGGCAAAACACCCAUGGACUUUGAGGCAUCCAAACCGACAUUCUACCAGGACCUUUCUAGAAACACAUUAAAAUGGCGGAAAUCACUAGGAGCGGUCACAAGCCGGCUAAGGGAAGCCAAAGUGGAAUAGCGAUGGCUACUACCUAGGGCACUGACGACUAGCACAGCAGAUGGCAGAACUCUCAGGCUCACUUCUAUAACUGAUGCCGCAGCAUUCCUUCAGGCACUGGGACUGAGCACCCCCCCCGGAUGAGCCCAACACUUCCUCUGACACUCAAAUCCAGGCUCCGACUAGACAGAAACACUGCGCGCCUGAAGGGAGAGCAUAACUGGCUGCAGCGACCUGAUACACUACUACGACUAAUGCUAUCUUGCUCCUAAAUGUUUAUUCUUCUUAUGUUUAACUUCCCUAUCGUAGCAUUAAUUCCGCCGCCGCUUUGUUAAAGUGCCUUACCAUACAGUUAAAUACCUAUGGGCCACCAAAGCCUAAGUUAUCCCCUAAGCUAAUAUUCCCCCAGACGACACGCAAAGUACACAUUAAGCUAAGCCCCAUCCCCCCCGUCUACCCCCUUGGUUAGGGGUAUCUCACUCACUAAAUGAAGCGACUGGGCUCAACCACACUAGUGACGGUGCCACACAACGAAUGAACCUGACUUAAUCACCUGAGACUACGGCACACGGUCAGCGCAGGAAGGUCAGAUAACAUCCUAACCCAAUAUGACAACCAACAUGACACACCAGUCACGCAUGUGGUACCCGCACCCAACAAGACUACAUACUACCAAACACACUGCACACUCCCACAGCCACACACGAAGAAAAAUAAUAAAAUAAAUGAGGCAUACCACAGUUGAAUGUUUUAACCUGCAACAAUCAUCUAUAUUUCCAUUCAUGAUGUGAAUAUUUCAUGUUUAUCGCAAAGUCUCAAUAAAACAAAUAUUGACAAAAAAAGAUUGGAGCUGUUGAGUUGUCUGUGACCCCCAUUGAUUCUUGUAAAUGCUUCCCAUGUGAUCUAUUUCCUUGUUCACAAGGAGUCAUGAAUCCCUUUUAGUUUUCUAGUGUGUGAACACAGAAUACUAAUAAUUAUAAGCAUGGGAAUGUAAGUAAAUCCACAGGAUGUACAACCUCCGAACUGCUGUACAUACAGGAAUCGUACUCUACAACACUGUCCUUUACCCUGGGUAAACACUAUUUAAACUGAGUUCCAGAGGUCUUACAAUUUGAUAACAUAGAUCACUAUGUGCAUAUAAACGACACCAGAUACUAUAAAUAAUCACUUUAAUCUCCCCUCGAACACUAUUUCAGAAUAUGGCUUGUAUCCGGCCAAUUACUCAGAGUUAAAUCUAUACUAUCCCACCUGAUAUGUGAACAAGUGCGGUUAACACGCACACAGUUAUUACAGUUCUGUGUACAGAUAUGCAAACCUCAGUAUACAAAGCUUUCUGCAAAAGGACAAUUUCCAUUUACACUUAUUCUGCUUCCUGUGUUUUCUAUGCAUCCAGCUAGUAUCUGUUAUUCACCUCAUUCUAUGUUCCUGUAUAAUUCCUUGCUCCAUGCUAGCUUGGUGUGGGUAUUGUAAAAAUGUGAAUGUGAAAAGGUGAAUUUGCAUAGUUUGUGUCUGAAUGCAAGGGUGCAAGAAUACCGUGUGUGUGGGAUUUAAGGGUGAAUUGGUGUUACAGGUUAGUUUAUGUGAGUGGAGCAGCAUAGUGGUGUGUGCGUCUGUGAAGUAUUAAUUUGUGUGACAGCAGGCAUGUACUGAUGUGGAGUGUCAGCAUGAGAAUGCAGGAUUAUGUUUGUGUGAAUGGUUGAAAGAAUGAAUUUGUUGGUGUAUUUUUGUAGAUUGUUAUUGGGUGUGAAUGCCAGAGUCUAUGUGUGUAGUUUGUGUAUCAAUGUAACACUGUGCAUGGAGCACAAUGAAUGGCCUGUUUACAAGCAAUAUAAGUUGUUAGAUUUUGGUAAAGUUAUUUAUGACUGUAUUCUUUAUAGGGAGUGGAGACUGUUAAGAAGGAAAUCGAUGAAAGUGUUCUUGGAGAGACUGGUCCUUAUCGAGCCCCUUCUAAGUUAAGAAAGAGAAGUGAAUUCUCUGGUGACAGAACCAAAGAAGACAAGAUAUUUGAAGCCAAUGAGUCUGUAUUAAUUUAUCUUAACCACCUUUUACUUACAUCUACGACAUGUAAAUGCAGAAAUGUAAUGAAUUCUUUGCAAGGCUCAAUUACCUUAACUUAAAUCAUUGUUAGCCAGAAAUAGAUCUUAAUGCAUCAAGGGAGUUACAUAGUUACAUAGCUGAAAAGAGACUUGCGUCCAUCAAGUUCAGCCUUCCUCACAUUUGUUUUUUGCUGUUGAUCCAAAAGAAGGCAAAAAAACCUAGUCUGAAGUGCUUCCAAUUUUGCCACAAACUAGGAAAAAAUUCCUUCUUGACCCCAAAAUAGCAGUCAGAUGUCUCCUUGUAGUUCUGCUACAGCUGGGGAUCUGGGCUUUUAAAUUUUUUUUUUUGUAAAGAUGCAGUAGCAAUUUGCUCUUGCACCAAAUUACUAUGUAUGUUUGAAAAUUAAUGCAUGUAGAGUGUUUAUUUUUUAUAUUCUUUAUUUAUAGUGUGCAAGUGGUAACAAACAGCUUGAAAAGCCACAACAGCAUUUACAAGCAGAGACCUUGUAGAGUGUGUGUAUAUGUGUAUAUAUAUAUAUAUAUAUAUUAUUUUCUGCCAGUUAAACUCACAAAAUAUGUAGGUAGAAUUGUAUUAUCCAUGUGGCCACAUUUGUUUGUGAAAAAACUGUGUACAUCAAGCAUGUCAAACUUGCGGCUCACAGUGAGUAUCUUUGUGGCUCAUCUGCCCUGGGGCCACUUUGUGCUGCUGCUUGCGACCAGCCGCAAGACAGGAAAGAUAUUUUCUUCUGUCUGUUUCCUGUCUGCCCUGCCACGGGCGACAGUGCUUCGACGGCCGCAAAAAUCGCUAAGCAUUAGUUCAUGCUGGCCGCCUGAUAUGUGCAUACAGCGUGUGAAGAUAUCCGGCGGGUGUGCAAUGGCGACGCUACUGUGCACAGGGUGCAUGGCUGUCUGGAGAGCAGGCCAGCAACUCCCCCUUUCCUCCUGAUAGCAGGGGGCACAGAAGGCUGUGUAUUAGUUUGGGGAUUGAAGGAGGCAGUGUAUUAGAAUGGGGGAGGGGCAGUGAAUUAGAAUGGGUCUGCAUGGAGGCUGAACGCUCGCCAUGGAGAUGCUGAUUGACCGUGCAGAGUUUUGCCUCUCAAUGCUUUCCUAUGGGAAAGCAUUGGAUUGGCUGAGAUCAUCAAGUUUGAUGAUCUCAGCCAAAGUGCAGAACACCCUCAUAGGACUUCAAAUAUCAACAAGAUAACAUAAUUUGUGUUUUACAGCUGUGCAGCAGCAUACAUUCACCAUUUCAGUCCCAUUACCAAACUUUUCUUAAUAUUUCAAGGUAGUUGGACUGAAACAAUGGUUAUAUGCAAAUGCACGUUUCCUUAAACUAAAUUCGCUAUUUUGUUUACUUUGAAGUCGUGGGAGCAUGAGGAUGUCCACUGUUGUUAGGCAACUAUAUUUAUACUGUACUUUUCUAAAUAAACCUAUGUUUCUAUGAAAACUGACUUUUUUUGAGGCCCACAUAAACUUAAACCUAGUUUAUUUUGACACGCCUGGUGUACAUUUAGGGCUUUCCUGUUACAGUAUAUAGGUUAUCGUAUAUUUCUUAGGCGGUGCAUUGCAAAUAUAACCUAAACCUUUAUUCAAGCACAACAAAGUGGAUGUAGUGAGCAUUAAAUAUCUUGAGUUACAAAUAAGUAGUGUUAUGAUAGGUAGAUAAAAAGAUAAAAGAACAUCCCUAACACAAAAAUCAAUCUGGCCACCCCAUCUCGCUGCUAAAUUACAGAUAAAGGAUCUCUUCGUUUUAAGGGGUGGGUCUCACAAUCUAAAUAGACUAUGCAACAAUAAAUGUAUGCAUUUCUAAUCAUAGUGUUCUUUUUAAGAUAUAUUGCUGGUCAUUUAAAACAUAGAGUAAUUUUCAUUAAGGCUUAAUUGAUGCAUUAGGGUAGCACAGUGACUACUCUAUGUUUUUGAAAGAACACAUUUCCACAAACAAAUCAGAUUUUUUUUUUUUUUUUAGAUUUUUGCUCCGUAAUUAAAGAGACACUAUAGGCAUCAAAACAGCUUUAGCUUAAUGAAGCGUUUUUUGUGUAAAGAUCAUGCCCCUGCAAUCUCACUGCUCAAUUCUCUGCCAUUUAGGAGUUAAAUCACUAUUGUUUCUGUCCAUGCAACCCUAGCCAUUCCUCCCUUGGCUGUGACUCACACAGUCUGCAUUAAAAAAAAGUCAUUUUCAGUGUGAUGUUAACUUGCUGUAGAAAUCUUUUUAUCCUGCUCUAAAAAUUUUGCUUUAUUCAUGCACAGGAGGCUCAUACAGGUUCUAGACGGCUAGAGUAGGAGAAAAUAAAUUCAAAAUUAAACGGAAUGUGCAAUAAGGGAAGUUUUAAACAUUAGAUCUCUCUUUGCGGGAAGUGUUUAGGAAGGCUGUGUACAUGCAGGGAGGUGUGACUAGGGCUUCAUAAACAUAGUAAUUUAACUCCUAAUUGGCAGAGAAUUGAGCAGUGAGACUGCUUGAUCUAUACAUUAAGCUAAAGUUGUUUUGGUGACUAUAGUGUCCCUUUAACACCUUGCAACAUAUUUCAUUCAUGUUUCAUCUAACAGUCUUUUUACAGGGAUCUAAUUGUGCUGUUCAUAUGGUAACUUUUACAGAGAAGCUAUGGGUGUGGUGCUCCAUAAGGAUUCAAAGUGGUUCCAACAAUGGAAAGAUUUCAAGGACAACAAUGUAGUAUUUAAUAGUAAGUACAACAAAAUGUAAUCAGGAUAAUGCUACUACAUGGAAAUUUGAUAGCUGUGGUUGUGCGCCAGGUCCCCUGGGUCUCCUCGUCAGUAGUGAACUCUUUUCUUGGUGGUUUAAAAGGACACUCUAAGCACCAUACAACUUUUGUGGAGGUCAUGGUGCAAACAGCCUUUGAGUGCUGUCCCCCCCUUUUUUUUUUGUCAAAUCUUUUUCAAGUGCAGGGGCUCUCCUGGAACAUGAAGCCCAAACCCUAACCUGUCACAGGGACAAUGUGAACUUUACUACUUUAUUAUCUGUUGAACAUUUAGAGGCAGUGAUAGGUUACAUGCACUGUUAAGUCUGAUUAAAAGUACAUAUUUAGUCAAGCAUAAUAAGUUCUUAAUAUUUUAUUUAGAGUUCCUGGUUUUAAUGUGCAUUAUAUAUUGAACUGGUGAUUCUUUAAAGACUGUGUACAUUUUAUAUACUAUAUAUUAUCUUUAAGUGUAUUUUUUUUUUUUUUUACCAUGACAUUGGACCAUCUCGUAUUAAACAUUAUCUACUUAAUAGUGGGAAAGAGUAAAAAAAUAAUAAUAAUUGUCUGUUUAUUGAUGCUGUUGAAUUAAAAUUUAGAUUUCAUAUUAUGCAAACACGAUCCUUGUUCAGUGGUGUCUGUACCUUUCUAAUUUGGAAACACUGAUCCAUCCUUACAACAACUUACCUUUUCGAAAACCUGGAAAUUGGCACUUAAAGGGGAACCAUACUGCCAGGAAAACAAACUCGCUUUCCUGGCACUAUAGCCUCACCUUUCAUCAAGCUCCCCCCCCCCCCAAAUCCCUUCUGUCACUUACCUGUGUCCUGGGCUCGGCUCCGCCUUUUCUCGGCGGCGGAGACCUAAUGUGCAUGUGUGGCAAUGGCCAUUAUUCAAUGCUUUUCUGAGAAUUUUGGUGACGCUGGACGUCCCCAUGCAUAGUGUGAAAACGCCCAGCGUCAGGUGACCAAAAGUCACCUAUGCACCCGGAGGUCCCUCUAGUGACUGAUAGACUGCCACUAGAGUUGGUGUUAACCCUAGCAGGUAAUUAUUGCAGUUUUUUAAAAAAUUGCAAUAAUUACCUGCUUAGGAAAAUGUUUGAAAAUUGUUAUCUGUAGACUUUAAAGAGACACUAUAGGCACCCAGACCACUUCAGGUCAUUGAAGUUGUCUGGGUACAGUGUCCCAUGUCCCUUAAUCCUCAGCAGGUAAUUAUUGCAGUUUUUAAGAAACUGCAAUAAUUACCUGCAUAGGGUUAACACCAACUCUAGUGGCAGUCUAUCAGACAGUCACUAGAAGGACCUCCGGGUGGAUAGGCGACUUUUGGUCACCUGACGCUGGGCGUUUUCACGCUAUGCAUGGGGAAGUCCAGCGUCAGGGUUAUUAACUAAAGUGAGAAUUCAGUGUGAAUGUAAAGUGAAUUUUAAAUUUAAGGUCAAAAUAGCCAGAUAAAAAAAAAAAGAAAUAUCUAAAUCCGCUAUGCACUACUUCAGCUACUUUGGCCUUUCACUUUGAAUUCUCACUUUAGUAAAUAAAACUGAAAAUCUCAUCUGAUACCAGAGAAAUGUACAGUUUGUACAUAAUUCAAUAUACAGUUUUAUGAUUGUUUCCUUACUUUAAAAUGUGAACUGUUUGUCUGCUAUACAGUAUGUUGGAAGCCUAUUUAGAUAUAUAUCUCAAGUCUUCAUUUAGAACCUUUAGAUUUGUUUACAAAGUGAGAAUUGUUGGGAAUUCAAAGUGAAUUUGAAAUUUUUAUGCCAAAGUAGCGGAGCUGGGAUCAUAGCUGACUUGGAGAAUGUUUCCAAUUUGGCAAUUUUCCCAACAUUUAAAUUAAUUGAAUGUGAAUUAAUAGAGAAAUUGGCAAAUGGCAAGUGUUGCUUUCCUUGUCUGCAUUCCAUGUGAUAUAAUUUCAGUAUUUGUUUUUGUAAAUUACAGCUAUAUUUUUCUGUUACAAACAGGAUUCUUUGAGAUGAAAAUGAAGUACGAUGAGAGUGAUAACGCUUUUAUUAGAGCAUCACGUACCAUUACCGACAAAGUCAGUGACCUCAUAGGUAAAAUUGUAUACAAAUGGUGUGUGUGUGUUCGUUUGUUCGUUCGCUCGCUCUGCACUUGACAUCUCAGUAUAUUUAUUGCCAUAGUGCAACUUCUGUCAUAUACACAAAACCAAAAAUCGAAAUGUGCACUCCCUGGACUUACUAUUAAUUGCUUGCAGUACUGCCCUUAUUAAUCUGCAGCACUGUAUAUAUAUAUAUAUAUAUAUAUAUAUAUUUUUUUUUUUAAUGGCACCCCCAGGGGUUAAACCGCCGUUUAGAAGAUCUUCCCCUUCCAGAGACACAGGCACAGCUACCGCAGAACCCCAAACUCCCAAACAGGAUACAAAGUAGCACUCCAAACUCCCGAACUGAAACCUCAAGAAUAGCUGCUAGCAGCUGAACAGGAAAAGCACCCAAGCGGCUUACACUCCUUGCAAUCAGUCUCUAAAAGCAUACAGUAAAUCCCCCCAAGAACGAGACAAGGCUCCAUGUUGAGGAUCAAGCAGUGAUCUCCUUUAUUCAGGGCUACCUGCCCAGUAUUUAUGCAGGUCUCCCACCUGGUGGACACUCCCCUAGGGGACCAGAUGGAAGACUGUGUGACCAAAAGGAUACAGUAGCCAAUCACAUACAUACACAGUCAAACACUCCCACAAUGACAUCACAGUCCCUCCUCUCUAUCCUGGAGAUAAUUGGGAAGUAAUCCAAUUAUCUCCAAGGACAGAGGCAAAACUCCAUUAAGCACAUGGCAGUAAAAAGACAGUAAAAUACAAUAAAAUACACAAGGUUACAUUUAUUACAUAAAAUACAGACAUGCAACAUAUCACCAGAUAGCUUAGGUCUGAGUGCACAUUAUUACUGAAUGGCGCUUAGACCACACACAUAUAGUUCAAUUGCCAUGGAGCCAAAGUCUUUUAUUACACGAAUAGGCUCCAUGGCAUAGCUGUCUGGGUUAAAUGAGUUCAUUCAGUGAAUCCGUGAAUGAACCGGCCGCGUGUGAACAGCAGACUGCUGCCAUCCAGUGUUCAGUAUGCAUAGCCGCGGCCACCUGGUAUAGUCAAUUAAGCUGCGGUUAACCGCAGCUACUGUGUGGUCAAUUGACGGCACACGCUCGUUAAGCCGCGGCUAACAGUGGGUUCUGGGCGGUCAAUUGGCGGCGCUCGCCGCCUUCUGGGCGGUCAAUUAACAGCGCCUGCCAGCUAACUGUGGCUCCUGGGAGGCCAAUAGACUGCUGUUUGUUCGGUAGUUAGAAUCUACCGAACGCCCGGGCAGAAAUACAUGAAUAGACCUUUCUGCAUAGGAAAAUAAAGUAUUUAAAUGCCAGUCCAUAGUCAAAAGGCAGCACGCAGGCAACCAGACUCCUCCAAUGCACAGUGGCAAGAUUGGUCUCGUCACAUUAUAUAUAUAUAUAUAUAUAUAUAUAUACAUACACUCCCUUGUAAUACAUUUGUAUAUUGUAUAUGCAUUAGGGAAGUUCCAGUCCACAACAACAUAGUUUGCUUUUCCCUACAGUUAGUGCGAUACAGGGAUUUUAAAGUGAAACCUUUACAGCAACAUGUGUGGCUGACUAGUUCACUUUAAGGUAGAUAAACCUUUAGUCAGUUCAGUAUAGUCAAAUGUAUCGUUUAAAAUGUAUUCUUGCCCAAAGAGCACAUCAGUACAGUCGUCAUUGUCAUAAGGUCGUUAUUAGCCAAACAGUGCUGGAUUGGCUAAUGUCAAUUAUGUGCAAAUAUUUUUGCACAGUGUCAUUCACCGGCUGUGAGUGGUCAGCUGACGCUCUCAGCCAAUGAAUGGUGACUAUAUCAGCUUCCAGCUUCUCUAGUUCUGUUAAUUAAUGGAGUGCCCCAUUACAGGGGAGAAAUAGAAAUGUCGAGCACAAAUCUUUAAACCUAAAGAUCCUUUUUUUAAGUUGCCAAAGAAAAAAGUAACACUGGCCAUGCAGGGCCUCUCUCAAACAUGAUUCCCAUUACAGGGGAACUGGCCAGGGUAAUGUAGUGGUUAUGACACUUUAAGGUCCCGACACUCCAAUUUUUGGCCCAGAUAACAUUUUAAAAGAGCUUACAAUUUACCUGGAAAAGUUCUUUCUGACGAUUUCCACUCCUCUGUCGUCACAUCAUCCUCUUCCGGGUCAUUCUACAAAUCAAAUGCUUCCUUUAGAGAAGCAUUGCUGGACCUUGGGCACAUGAGCUACAAAUGUGCCAUUCUGUUUUUUCUGAUGAAUCUUUGAAUCCAAUGCUUCUCUAUUAGAAUGUGCAUAGUUCAUGCAUUCAUAAGUGGCGUGAUUAGCUGAGUCUUAUCUCACCACUAAAGCCUGUCCACCUCUUGAUUCCAUACACACCGCCAAGGCAGUGCUCUGCACCAAGAAGGGGAUAGAGUGUGCACAGGUAUGGAGGCACAGAGGACUGGCAUGGCUUGCAUUAGGAAGGAAGGGGACCAAGAAAAAAGGUACAGACAAAUGAAAAAUCAUACAGAGAGAUGGGGAGGGCUUGCAUAAGAGAAGAAGGAAGGAGACCAAUUUUACAGUAGUCAUUUAGUUGGCUUUGCUUGCAGCACAGCCUACAAAUGUGAUUAUGUCCAUUGUGCAGUAUAUGCUGACAAUGGACAAAGUGUUUGCACAGGACUUGCAUUAGGCAGUUCAGAACAGAUUUUCGGCCUUCCUAAGUCAUGUAUGUUGGGAUGCAACUAGACUAAUGUCUCUGCAUAGGCAGGGUUUUCAAGUUGUACAACUGCACAUACAAAUUGCUUGCUCCGGAAAGACUUCUAAAAGCUUAGGAUGGAAUAAACCUUUGAUUGAAAGAUACAUCAAAUAUCCUACAUUUGCUUUGAAUCCCCAUAUGUACAGCCCUGAAAAGUAGCUCUCACGAAACCAUCAUACUUCAUUCUCUGGCUCUGAGACUUUGCCCCUUCUCUCCGGUGGUGGGCAGAAACUGUGCAGGGCAGCCAAAUCGGAGCAGGACCAUAAACCAACAGCCAAAUAUAGGUGUGGGAUUUAGUUUGGUGUUGUGUUGGUUAGAAUCAGCCCUUUCCUGUAAAAGCAUUUCAGGGUGGAUGGGGCAUAUUAGUUAAAGUGAUAGUGGCAGUUAAAAAGUGAAGUUGGUCUUGGUAAAUUCCUCAAGUUUUCAAAGAAAUUUCUAUUUCAAAAGAACACCAGAUUUUUAGUGGUGGAAAAAAAUCCUGCACUUCUCUGUCCGAGAAAACGGCAUAUAUUCCAAGAAUGGAGUAUGUUAAAAAAAAAUUACAGUUCAGGUGCAAAAAGACAAUAGAUGAAAAAAUCCAACAGAUUAUAUAGAUUGCACCAAAAAUUCACUGAACAUUGGAAUGAAAAGUGUCUGUGUUCUGUGAUAAAUUUCCUCUGAUUUGUCAGCUGGGUAUUCUUAUGAUUCUUUCUUGUUUUCGUCAUUUAUUUUCUUUGAUAAAUUUGUUUUCUUAUAGGUGGUCUAUUUUCUAAAACCGAAAUGUCUGAGGUCCUAACAGAGAUUCUGAAAGCCGACCCAAGCUUCGACAAGGAUACGUUUUUAAAACUGUGUGAGAGAGAUAUUAUCCCCAACAUCCUGGAGGUAUAUCUAUAGUCUUAUCAUUCGUCAUUAUGCACAGCAUUUAUUUAUUAAAAUUUUAUUUUAUUUUAUUUUAAGCCGAAAUAUCUUAUCCUUCACGGGCUAUUUUAAUCACAUGUGACAACUUCAUAAUAGCCAGAGAAGUGAAUAGUACAGAGUGUUAUUCCAGAACCUACAUUUUUUUUAAUUGGAAUUCGUCAAUGAUUCCAGCUACAAACAUACGUUUUAUUACAUUAUUAUUACAAUUAUAGGUUAGGACACAUGCUUCAUGUUUACUCUGUUUAAAGUUACGUCAUGUUUUCUGCUGUGAAUUACUGUUAUGUGUAUUAUUGUUACACUAACCCUUGAUUCUUUCUUGGUUCAUAGGCCAUGAUAAGAGGUGACCUUGAUGUCCUGAAAGACUGGUGUUAUGAAGCAGUAAGUAGCACAUUUUCUAUAUUCAAGAGAAACCUUCCUUAUCAUAUGUUGUGCGUGUGUGUAUAUAUAUAUAUAUAUAUAUAUAUAUAUAUUUUUAAAACAAUAUGACAAAUGAAGUGUCAGUACAAUUGCACUGACAGUCUGUACAUACUAUUAGUUCAAUACCCUGUUUUACUCCUUUUCAAAUCCUAUGCUACUAGCCUGGACUUAGACACCAUAGCCACUGCAAGCCUUGAUAUUCCCUGUUACAUUGGCCAGGGAUGAAUUUCUAUUCACCAAAGCUAAAUUUCCGUUUGCCAAUGGCUAGUGGCACGUGGAAGUUUUGAGCCCUGCCCCUUUACAAGCCACUAUUGGCAGGCAGUGGAGCUUGACUUUCUCGUAAUCCAGCAGCAAAUGCUGAGUCAGUGCAAUCAAUAUAAAAGCCAAUCGCAAUUCCUCUUUUAUAGUGAUCAUGAACCGUAUCGUAGCUCAUUUGUUUUUAACCCCUAGGUGUACGGAUUUUAAUUUGAUUUAAUUGCUUUGAAGUAUCUCCAGAAAUUAAGUGGUUGUCAUAUAAUUUGGCUACUAAUCAAUUAUUUAGGCAAUUACAGCAAUGAACGGAAAAUAGAGUGAUUAGACGUGUGCCAUGUUAAAUCCCGUUUCAGGGGCAGCUAGCAUCAAAUUUUGCUCAGUCCAUUAAGACAUGCUUUCACACAUCAUUUGAAUAAGUUAUGUAAGGCAUGCUUUCCAAACAUGCCCCUGCCCUGAGCAGUGGCUUUCUCCUAAUGGAGCUAUUUCUGACUCCUCUACCUGCUACUGUCUGUGGCAAGCUUGACCCAGGUUUUAGAUCAUGAACCUGUCUCCCAAACUAAUAUUUGCUAUCAGCCCAAGUAUCCCUUAAAUGGUUGCAUGACAAAUAAACUUCUCAGCACCCCCAUUUCUUUUUUACUUUCGCAUAGCAUCCCCAUUUAUUUUAGUGGCUCUGUCAAACAUUUCUAUUUAAUUUAAAAUUUUAGUUUUUUUAGCAUUUUAUAAAUAUACAGUUUUUAUGAAAUGCUCAUAAAGACUGUUUUGGAAUUUUAUUGAAAUUUUAAUGGAGUCAAAAGCUUUCAUUAGACAAUUUAGGGACUACUUUUUCUUGUGGAAAAUUCCUAACUUGACAAAAGUCAGAGCUACCACAGUCAAGCUUUGUGAUCCUGAUUUGUAUGGAGAGAUACCAAGCCUUCUCUUUAUUUUAGACGUAUAGUCAGAUGGCGCACCCCAUCCAGCAGGCCAAAGCUAUGGGUCUCCAAUUCCGCUCUAGGAUUCUGGAUAUUGACAAUCUCGAUGUGAGUAGCUAUUUUUUAACCGCAUUCUAAAGUAUCUGUUAUAAUAAUGACUAGUGAUGUCGCGAACUUGCUGCGAACGGUUCGUGGCGAACUCCGGUCAGCUGACACAUCCCUGCCAAUCUCUGGCAGACCCUCCCUCCCACACCCUCCUACUUCCUGGACAGCAUCCAUGUUGAAGGCAGCUUCAACAUGGAUGCUGUCCAGGAGGUGGGAGGGUCUGUCGGAGAUUGGCAGGGAUGUGUCAGCUGACCGGAGUUCGCCACGAACGGUUCGCGACAUCACUAAUAAUGACCUAAACAAAUUGCUGCUUGUUUGCAAUAUUUACAAUAUUUGUCAUAAGUUAUAUAUUUUGUUUAUUAAGUAGUUUUUUAUGUACUGUAAUACUGUUACUUUAUUGUCUGAGUCUUUGCAUUUGCUGGAAUAUAACGUCGUACAGAUAAAGGUUUUGGGGUGCAGAACAGCUGGGUGUACGAUACUCUGAGCUUGUAAACAACUGCAGUAUAUGUCCUUAAGAAAACUUCUGAACUUCCAAGAAGGUCAAAAAAGAAAGUGGAAUGAACAUUUAAGUAGCCAUGACUACAAAGUUAGCAUCAACAUUUCUAGUAAACCUUGUCUAAAAUAGUUUUACAUAAAAUGUUUGUUAAAUGCAGUGACUUAUCUUUUAGUUUCUCCAUCACUGUUCUGGACUUUGCGGAUGAUUAAACCUUUGUUGGGGACAUAGUUGCUGUAAUUUAAAGGAUUCAAUGUAUGUGUUAUUUAGAACAGUUAAAGGAACACUAUAGUGCCAGGAAAACAUACUCGUUUUCCUGGUACUAUAGGGUCUUUAGCUUCCCCCCACCCUCAGGGACCCCCUCCCACCGGGCUGGAUGGGAGAGGAAAGGGUUAAAACUUACCUUUUUUUCCAGCGCCGAGCGGGGAGCUCUCCUCCUCCUCUCCGCCUCCUCUCCUCCCCUUCAGCUGAAUGCGCAUGCGCGUCAGGAGCUGCACGCGCAUUCAGCCUGUCUCAUAGGAAAGCAUUCAUAAUGCUUUCCUAUGGACGCUGGCAUCUUCUCACUGUGGUUUUCACAGUGAGAAGCACGCAAACGCCUCUAGCGGCUGUCAAUGAGACAGCCACUAGAGGCUCUGGAGGCUGGAUUAACCCUCAGUAUAAACAUAGCAGUUUCUCUGAAACUGCUAUGUUUAUAAAAAAAGGGUUAAUCCUAGAGGGACCUGGCACCCAGACCACUUCAUUAAGCUGAAGUGGUCUGGGUGCCUAGCGUGGUCCUUUAAUACAGUUAUUUAGGCACUCUAAAUUGCAGUUUGGAUAUUUAAAAACUGCAUUUUGCCAUUUUGAUUUUAGUUUGUUACAUGUUAAAGUAUAGAACAAACCCAUAUUCCAUUAAAAUACCUACUACCUUGUUAACAAGCUAACCGAUAUUCAAAAGGAACUAAACACCAAAAAAUGUGACAGCUGCACUGGUGUUGAAAUAGAAUGUUUAAAUCUGGAAAAUUGCAGCCACUCUUGGAAAACCCCCAAACAGACCCCAAAUAGGUACCACACAAACAAUAGAGGGCGUCAAAACCAAGAUAAUAAAUUCAUACAUUCCCCAACCGCCAUCAAAAUGGGCAAAUAAAAGUGAGAGAAAUGCAAAGAUAAAAAUUAUGGCAUAAUAAAUUUAUUUACCAAAAAAAUAAUAAUAAAAAAAGAAAAAGAGAUAAAAGGCACACAUAUAUAUCAACAUAUGUGCAAAACGAGCAUGUUAACAACAAUCUGCCACUUAGUCCACCUGAUACUGCUGGGGAAGGAGACUGAAGAUCUGAUGUUUUGCAACCUCAAAGGACUGCCGAGUCUGUUUAAAUUGUCCAAAGUCUUUAUAUUGACCAAGGAUGGCUGGAUGGAGUAGUGGAAUAAAGGAAAUCCUCAUGCAGCUCAAAGCGUUUCGUUUCCUGUGGUACACGGGACAGGUCUUUCCUGUUAUCUGCCUUCCACUAUUUCAUGUUAUCUGCCUUCCACUAUUUCAUGUUAUCUGCCUUCCACUAUUUUGGUAUAUUGAACCUGACCUAACCUUAACACAUUUUUAAACUGUUUAAGAUAUAAGAUAUAUGUCAAUUAUUUGCCAGUUGGAUGAUUUUUGGGGUAUUUAUUUUGUAUCUGGGUUUUGGCGUCCUCUAUUCUUUGUGAAAUAUUCAAAGGUGACUGUGUACAUCACAGUCCUCCACUACAGGGCUUUGCAUUGCCCUCAUUCAAUUUGCUUUGUCUUUCUGUGUGGAUAGUCUGUUAGCAGUCCCAUGAGCCAGCCCAGCCAGGUUUAAAUCAAAACAUUUUAAAGCUGCAGACCCAACCAUCCCCAAAACAUUUACCCAUUGUCCAUUUAUACAAAGUUAGAGAGGUCUGUGAUCAUGGUGAACUCCCAGCCAUAGACGUGUGGUUGCAGAUACGUUGCUUGCCCAGACUAGUCUUUUUCGAUUAAGUUUAUGGUACAAUCGGAUUAAACUGGCCAUAUUGAAUCUCUCCCCCUCAGGCUUAAGCCUAACCAGAUCCAGUCUGAGAUUGUGCCGUAAUAUUCUCACAUCUUCACGUUCAUGUUUGGCACGGAUAUGGAUAGUAAUGGUGCCAGACUUUGAUGUCAUUAUGAGAAAAAUUAAUUGCAUGUAUAAUAUCGAAGAAAUUUCGGCAAGGUGAGGUGUUGGACUGCCUGGCCUCCCUCGAUAAAAUUUUGGUCUUUUUAGAGGACAAGUAUUACUCCAGUAUAUUAAUUGGAGGAAUUAUGCAACAUUUGCUCUUUGUCUCUUUGGUGAUCGGAAGAUUCCUUCAUGCACCAGCACACCUUUCAUUGCAUUUCUGAUUUUUAUUUUUUUAUUUUAUUUUUUUAAAAAGAAAGAUAAAUUCUCUAGUGAUUUGUUUAACUAAAUAUUUUUUGGCAAACAUGCCAUCUCCAUUUGGUGCAUUUAAAUUUUAGAGAAAAAAGGCUGAAAAUUAUGGUGUUAUCAAAGGUGUAUAAACUCCAUUAAUUUUCUUACUAUCCUAAAAAAUUACAAUACAGCUUCAUCCUUCUGAUGUAGAUAAAAUGAGUACCAUUAAAUUGGGUAAUGGUAACAACCUAACAUCCCUGGAUGUUGGGCUAAGGUAACAUCCCCAGGACGUACUUGAAAACCAGAGUAAUCCAAAUGUAUCUUUCCUGGUUAAAUACUUAAUUAUUAUUAGAAAACACAACUCAACACACUGAGUAUAUUGUUUUUCAUGAUUAAUAUUGUGUGUAUUAAUUUAGUCAUUGUAUCCACCAAACUAUUGGUCUUUUUAUUAAUAUUUUAGACGGUACAAAGAAAGAAGAAACAAAAAAUUCUAAGUGAUCUUAUUUUCAUUUGGAAACCAAAGUGUACAAUAUUUAAGAUGCUACGUUGUGAUUUUAUAUAACCGUUAAAUCGCGAAAUAUUAAAUAGCGUAUAUUAUUUUGAUAAUGGAUAAUAAGAGUAAGUUCACAUUCCUGCAUUUGUAGGGUAAUGAAAAUGAUGUGAAAUUGACCUGUUAAUUACUUUCCAGCUUGCAAUGGGAAAGAUGAUGGAGCAAGGACCAGUGCUUAUUAUAACUUUCCAAGCUCAACUUGUUAUGGUAGUCACAAAUCAGAAGGGAGAAGUGGUAGAAGGAGAUCCUGUAAGUAUUGUGUAUAUAUGCCUUUUUCAGUUAUCCUAAGUGUUAGUUAUGGUAUUUGGACCCAGACUCCUCUAUAAAUAAGUUGUUCACGGUGUUUACAUUUAUAUUAUGGGUUGUUUAGAGAGAGCAAUGCAAAAUGAAAGCUAAACCUGUAUUUCUCUCAACUCCUGCGUUAGUCUCCAUCAAGCAAAGAAGGGAUUUUUUUUUUCUCAGUCCCUCUGCAAAAUGCAAAUCCUGCUUUACCUUCCCCUUCCAUACAGGAUCUUCUAUGAGUCAAACUACAUUGGCCUACAAUCUAGCAACCACAGAGGACUCGAAUGCUCUGAGCACCCGGCAGAGCAUCUGAAUAGAACGACUGAAUGCAUGGCCUUAAGUCUAAAAAUGGUUUUCAGACUAGUAAAGUGACUAUUUUUAGUUAUUUAUCUCUAAUAGAUGCACAGUAAGAUUGGGGGCUAUGAUAUAUAAUGUAAAGUAGUAAGUGUACAGCCUGUAUAACAGUGUACAUUUUCAGUCCCCUCAAAAUAACUCAACCCAUAGCCAUGUCUAAACCGUUGGCAACAAAAGUGAGCGCACCCCUAAGUGGAAAUGCCAAAUUGGGCCCAAUUAGCCAUUUUCCCUCCCCUGUGUCAUGUGACUCAUUAGUGUUACAAGGUCCGAGAUGUGAAUGGGUAGCAGGUAUGUAAAAUUUGGUGUUCUUGCUCUCACACUCUCUCAUACUGGUCACUGGAAGUUCAACAUGGCACCUCAUGGCAAAGAACUAUCUGAAGAUCUGAAAAAAAGAAUUGUUGUUCUACAUAAAUAUGGCCUAGGCUAUAAGAAGAUUGCCAAGACCCUGAAACUGAGCUGCAGCACGGUGGGCAAGACCAUACAGUGGUUUCACAGGACAGGCUCCAUGCAGAACAGGCCUCACCAUGGUCGACCAGAGAAGUUGAGUGCACGGGUACAGCGUCAUAUACAAUGGUUGUCUUUGGUAAAUAGAUAUGAGUGCUGCCAGUGCUGUCGUCCCAGAAGGAAGCCUCUUCUAAAGAUGAUGUACACGAAAGCCCACAAACCGUUUGCUGAAGGCAAGCAGACUAUGGACAUGGAUUACUGGAAUCAUGUCCUGUGGUCCGAUGAGACCAAGAUAAACUUAUUUGGUUCAGAUGGUGUCAAGCGUGUGUGGCGGCAACCAGGUGAGAAGUACAAAGACAAGUGUGUCUUGCUUACAGUCAGUGGUGGGAGUGUUAUGGUCUGGGCCUGCAUGAGUGCUGCCGGCACUGGGGAGCUACAGUUCAUUGAGAGAACCAUGAAUGCCAACAUGUACUGUGACAUACUGAAGCAGAGCAUGACACCCUCCCUUCGGAGACUGGGCCACAGGGCAGUAUUCCAACAUAACGACCCCAAACACACCUUUAAGAUGACCACUGCCUUGUUAAAGAAGCGGAAGGUCAAAGUGAUGCACUGGCCAUGGACUUCAGACCUAAACCCUAUUAAGCAUCUGUGGGGCAUCCUCUAACGGAAGGUGGGGGAGCGCAAGGUCUCUAACAUACACCAGCUCUGUGCUGUCAUCACGGAGAAGUGGAAGAAGACUCCAGUGGCAACCUAUGAAGCUCUGGUGAACUCCAUGCACAUGAGGGUUAAGGCAGUGGUGGCCACACAAAUAUUAAAACUUUGGGCCCAAUUUGGACAUUUCCACUUAGGGGUGUACUCACUUUUGUUGCCAACUGUUUAGACAUAAAUGGCUGUGUGCUGAGUUAUAUUGAGGGGAACACAAAUUUACAUUGUUAAACAGGCUGUACACUUACUACUUUACAUUGUAGCAGUGUGUCAUUUCUUCAGUGUUGUCACAUUAAAAGAUAUAAUAAAAUAUAUACAAAAUUGUGAGGGGUGUAAAAAUAAUUUGCUUUUUGGAAUCAAAAAAUAUAUAUACUAAAAGAGAGAAAGUGGAGGUAGUAAUAAAAUAUAUAGAGAGUGGAAUACCCUAGGGAGGUGGUCUAUUAUUCUUAAAACGUCAUUUUUAAUGGUUAAUAAUAAAAAGUCCAAAAAUGCGGACUAAAUUAUACUGCAAACUAAACAAACAUACAAAAAAAUUAAUAAAAGCAAUAGUCAGUCAUGAUAUCCAAUAGACUGAAAUUGUCUGUCGCUGGAUAGGACCCCAGAUUGUCCACCAGGUUUUUUGUUGGUCGAAUGAAUAUUGGAUAUUUAGAACUAGAAUAAACACUCCUCAGAGUCUUGUGAAGGCUCAAUUUAUUAGAGUACACAAGGUAUAUCUGUGUUUAUAGCCUCAGUGGAUUAUAAUAGCCCACAGGGAUAAUAUUAAGGCUGUAUUAUAAUCAAUGGGGCAAUUCACCACAAGACACUCUCCAGAACUUGGUAACGUGUUUUAUACAUUCGUAACAGUAGCCAAAUGUAGUGUAGAGUUACUGAAAUUGUAUCAAUAGAGUAAAGUACCAAACGUUUCCAAUAUAAUGUGUAAUGCAAAAAGUCUGAUGUUGUGUUGUAUAACCACCAUACGCGUUCCUUGAAAGGAUUUGUUGUCUAAUCACCCCAGGCUGUGCCAUUAAUUCUAUAUUAGUAAUCAUCUAUGUAAUUCCAUUAGUAGGUGGUACUGUAGAAAUGUAACGGCUUAUUGGUAAUUUGGACAGCAAAUUGUCCGUUUGUUUGGAAUAAACUUGUCACUCGGGCAAUGAAUAAUUUGUCUAAAGCGACCGCUUAGAGAGCCAAGGAUUAAUAGCUCUCUAGCUGCAUUCUCUAUUAGGAUAGUAAAUUGUCCGUAGUUGGAAUCAAUUUAUGCCCUGGCAGUAUUAAUCAUAUGUUCAAAUGUAACAGACGGCGUUACAUAUGUUAGUGUAAAGGAGGAAUAUAGUUGUUACUACUUGAAGAUUCAAGGGUUAAUGCCUCUCUAGCUAAUAAAGAGAAGCUUAUCAUCCAAAAGAUAAUUGUGGUAUUUACAAGUAAAUAAAAUUGUCCGUUACUUGGAAUGAAGAGGUCUCCCGGGCAGUGCCGAAUCUCAAAAUCAGCGUUACAUACAUGGGUGUAGGGAAAGAAUAAUCUGGCCAGAGUGACAGUUCAGAAAUACGAAGGUUAAUAGUUUACUAGCUACACUCUCUAUUGGGAUAGUGACUAAUUCGUUCGUUUUAAUCAAUUAACAUCCCGGACAAUAUCGAUCCUAUGUUCAAAUGUAACAAACAGUUACAAGUGUAGGUAUAAAGAAGGAAUACAUUUAUUGCUCCUUAGAGCUUCAAGGGUUAAUGCAUCUAUAGCGGAUAGAGGGAAGUUUAUUUCCCCAAAAUAUUAAAAUGAUAUUUGCAAAGGAUCUCUUAGUAUCUUGGGUAGUGCAAAUCUGUGUGUAUCAAGUAGUAGCUAAUUUCGGAGGAGGGAUGUUAGCAGCCGGGUUUCGGUGUUUAGAGGAUUUAGGGUGAUGUGUCUAUCCCUACUGUGCCUUCGAGGGCACCCCUUAUCCCCAGAUAAAAAGCUUUCCCUUGCUAAUUCCUGUGAAGACCUCCUCCCCCAGUUAGCAGAAACAAAGAGAGAGAUUAGCCAAAGGUAUGGCAGCUUGCAAUACACACAGUGAGUAGAGAGGAUAUAGGCAUAAUAUUCAUUUAUAGGUGGUAGCUGUAACUGCAAAAACUGAGAUGUGUCUGUGGUGAUACAAAUGUGCCCAGUUGCCCUGACGCGCGUUUCGCUUAUAAGCUCAUCAGAGGGGAGCCGGUUACUGAAUUUUGCUGGCUUAAAUAGGAGGUAUUUUGGUUUGAUUGGAGCAGUUAAAUUGGAAUUGGUCCAAUGGGCUGUUGGUACAGCUUCUAAUCCUGACGUUUACAGAUUAAGGUUUUCUGAAAAGUUUAACCCCUUACCUUGAUAUACCCUGGAUCUUUGUUAAAGUAGACAGGGAUAUCAAUGUUUCUAUAUUAUAGGGGAAAGACAAAAUACACAAAAACAAACAAAAGAACAAAAAAGAGGGGAAAUAAGUUUUGUAGUUUACUGAUAUUUUUGAUGAUCCAACUGAUAGUCCAUCAAAAAUAUCAGUAAACUACAAAACUUGUAUUUCCUAUCCAGCGACAGACAAUUUCAGUCUGAACUUAUACUGACUAUUGGAUAUCAUGACUGAUUAUUGCUUUUAUGUUUUUUUUGUGUAUGUUUGUUUAGUUUGCAGUAUAAUUUAGUCCGCAUUUUGGGACUUUUUAUUAUUAACCAUUAAAAGUGACGUUUUAAGAAUAAUAGACCACCUCCCUAGGGUAUUCCACUCUAUCUCUAUAUUUUAUUACUACUACCUCUACUUUCUCUCUUUUAGUACAAUUUAUCCCAGGGGUUACCCCCCAUUUGGAGGUUAUCGUUAAAAUUUGGCUCCGUCUCCUCUUUUUUUUCCCCCUCUACUCUGUCUUUUAAAGCAAAAAAUAAUAUGCCCACUCUCACAAUCUUUAUGGCCUGAAACUAGCAGACUGCUGUUUUGACAGUCCAUUUUGUUAAUUUUGUGUCCUCUAAAGGACAACUUUUAUUAAAAUUUCAUUACAUGAUUUAAUAUACAAUUAAAGAGCACACAAUCUUGAAUUUUUAUAUAUAUAUAUAUAUAUAUAUAUAUAUAUAUAUAUGUAUACACUGCUAAAAAAAAUAAAGGGACCACUUAAACAACCCAAUGUAAUUCCAAGUCAAUCACACUUCUGUGAAAUCAAAUUGUCCACUUAGGAAGCAACACUGAGUGACAAUCAAUUUCACAUGCUGCAAAUGGGAUAGACAACAGGUGGAAAUUAUAGUCAAUUAGCAAGACACACCCAGUAAAGGAGUGGUUCUGCAGGUGGUGACCACAGACCACUUCUCAGUUCCUAUGCUUUCUGGCUGAUGUUUUGGUCAAUUUUUAAUGCUGGCAGUGCUUUCACUCUAGUGGUAGCAUGAGACGGAGUCUACAGCCCACAGAAGUGGCUCAGGUAGUGCAGCUCAUCUAGGAUGGAACAUUAAUGCGAGCUGUGGCAAGAAGGUUUGCUGUGUCUGUCAGCAUAGUGUCCAGAGCAUGGAGGCGCUACCAGGAGACAGGCCAGUACAUCAGGAGACGUGGAGGAGGCCAUCGGAGGGCAACAACCCAGCAGCAGGACCGCUGCCAGAGCCCUGCAAAAUGACCUCCAGCAGGCCACAAAUGUGCAUGUGUCUGCUCAAACGUUUAGAAACAGACUCCAUGAGGGUGGUAUGAGGGCCUGACGUCCACAGGUGGAUUGGCAAAUUCGCCACUGGUGCCCUGUGCUCUUCACAGAUGAAAGCAGGUUCACACUGAGCACAGACGUGACAGAGUCUGGAGACGCCGUGGAGAAUGUUCUGCUGCCUGCAACAUCCUCCAGCAUGACAUGUUUGGCAGUGGGUCAGUAAUGUUGUGGCAUUUCUUUGGGGGGCCGCACAGCCCCCCAUGUGCUCGCCAGAGGUAGCCUGACUGCCAUUAGGUACCGAGAUGAGAUCCUCAGAUCCCUUGUGAGACCAUAUGCUGGUGCGGUUGGCCCUGGGUUCCUCCUAAUGCAAGACAAUGCUAGACCUCAUGUGGCUGGAGUGUGUCAGCAGUUCCUGCAAGACGAAGGCAUUGAUGCUAUGGACUGGCCCGCCCGUUCCCCAGACCUGAAUCCAAUUGAGCACAUCUUGGGCAUCAUGUCUCGCUCCAUCCACGUCACGUUGCACCACAGACUGUCCCGAAGUUGGCAGAUGCUUUAGUCCAGUUCUGGGUGGAGAUCCCUCAGGAGAUCAUCCACCACCUCAUCAGGAGCAUGCACAGGCGUUGUAGAGAGGUCAUACAGGCACGUGGAGGCCACACACACCACUGAGCCUCUUUUUUACUUGUUUUAAGGACAUUACAUCAAAGUUGGAUCAGCCUGUAGUGUGUUUUUCCACUUUAAUUUUGAGUGUGACUCCAAAUCCAGACCUCCAUGGGUUGAAAAAUUUGAUUUCCAUUUUUUUAUUUUUGUGAUUUUGUUGUCAGCACAUUCAACUAUGUAAAGAACAAAGUAUUUCAGAAGAAUAUUUAAUUCAUUCAGAUCUAGGAUGUGUUAUUUUUGUGUUCCCUUUAUUUUUCUGAGCACUGUAUAUGCAAUCUUGUAAAUUGUUGUCUUUGUAUUUCCAGGACAAGGUAUUACGGAUGCUGUACGUAUGGGCGCUCUGCAGAGACCAAGAUGAACUUAACCCUUAUGCAGCCUGGAGACUCUUGGAUAUAUCCUCAUCUGGCUCUGAGCAAAUCCUUUGAGAACGAGAACUUCCGCGGGCCAGCUGCUGUGCCUCUUCCCACUGAUGUAAAUUCAGGGAGCCUGAAGGGAUGCUGAAAUUCAUAUUCAUCCCUUGUACUGUUGGCCUCUCAGAGACAUUAAAACUUUCUCUUUCCAUGGGAGAGUACCAUAUAUUGCCAUAUUGGUUAGAACUUUGUCAAUGAGGAGAAAAUAAACCUGUUUCAUAUUGUUUAGUUACUCAAAAAUAAUUGCUUGUAAGUCCUAAGAGUAUAAAUUUAAUGAUGGUUUUUAAACGUGUCUCCAAGGGCAAGUCAGUUAGUACCAGUGACGUGUUUUGAGGAUUCUACUAGAAAGCUAAAUAAAUGAUCCAGACAUAUUUAAGAGAUGUAAUUUAGACAACAAAUUCAAGGUCUGGUUUUAAAAACAAUGAGCUUAUGCUUUGUUCUUCUCAUUUAUGUAUGAUAUCACAUAUCCUCCUGAAUUUGCAAGCACAAAAAAUAAUUAUUCAUAUCAACCAUAGCCAUAAUUAAUUUUAAGUUAGAUUGUACAUUUUUGAGAUUAUUUUUAUUUUAUAUGUUAGUCAGGUUUUGUUACCAGUCCAAUAAGAUAUAAUAAUUAUGUCACUUUAACACACUGGAAAACCUUUAGCUCACGUGGUGUAAGCUGUGACGUCGGAGAAGACAAAAGAAAGCUUUCUUUUAAUCCAGAAGAAACUUGGCCUUAAAAGUUCGCUGAUCAGGGAAAGUCCGUGAUUAAAAAACAAAAAAAGAGAAAUUUACACAGGGUUGUUCAUUUUUUUUCUUUCUAAACCAGAAAAUCGGGAGAAUUGACAUGGUUAUUGCAACUUCAAAAUAGAUCAAAAUACGUCAACUAUAAAAAGUCUCAAAUUCAAAAUAUUUUAUGCUUGGCUAUGUUUAUUUGGAAAUUUUAAUUCCUUUUUUAAUUCUCCCAUUCUUUCAGGUAACAGAUUUUGUUUUGUUUUGUUAGUCCAAAAAAAACUUCCUUUUUCAUAUAAAAUUCAUGCAAAAAUGUGAUUUUAAAAUAAAACAAAAAUGUGCUGUAAAGUCUAUUGAUUUCCCUACAUGUUAAAUGUAUAAUGGAAUUCAUUCUAUUUCUCCAUCGUAUUACCAAGUCAAAAUUGUGUCACUAUUGUUGAUGCUGCAUCUUUUGGUCCAGUGUAUGACAAACCAGCGUACAGCAGAAUUCUUUCGGAUUUGCCAUACCAGUCACCCAUUAAAACAUAAACCAGAUAUUUGUUUGUAAUUAGAUUGUGUUGACGUUUUUAGAUUUUCUUAGGGUUUAGAUUUUCUUAGUAAUUGAUUUAGAUCUACUUCCCAAGAAACUUGUUAUGCUAUGGGGCGUUUGCUAUUUCUCAGUCCCAGACAUAAGUAUUUGAAAAGACUGUUAACACAUCUUUUAAAAGUAGUUAUUAAAACAUUAAAUGCAAUCUUUUUUGUUUACAUUCUAAGUAAUGUAAAGGUUUUAUUUUUUAGUUUUCAGAAAAUCCAACUAUAGCAGGCUUGUUACAGGUCCAUCUUAAUAAAAUUCAGGUGAUGUUUUAAAUAAAUAUUUUUAGGCUAUCUGAAUAAUAUGUACAAGCCUACUUUUGUGCCUAUUGCAGUGUAUACCGGCUACUGUACAAGUGUAAAAUACUUUUUUUUUUUUUUUUAUCGGUUUUGAGAUCCAUUCAGUAAUUUAUUUGGUAUGAUUACAUUACGAAUUUCAAUUCUAUAGAUGAGAUUGCAGACUGGCAGAGAGAAUGCCUUGCCUUCCUUCAGUGGUAAUUUUCUCAAACUGAUGCAGUUUUAAGAAAUUUGAGUGCAAACAGACAAGGGACCUCUGUGGACCAUAAUCUGUGUAAUGAGCAUCGAUUGUCAUGGUGUACUGAGUGUUCCUUUAACCCCUUAAGGACUCGUGACAUGUCAUGAUUCCCUUUUAUUCCAGAAGUUUGGUCCUUAAGGGGUUAAAAGGAAUCUAUAGUCUCCAAAACAACAAUCCUUAUUUCGUGACCAUAGAUUCCCUUUUAUCCACCCCCUUUGGCAUAACAAAUAUUAAAGUUAACUAAUAAUUAUUAACCUCUUUUUUUUAUGCCCUGGGACUCCACUACAGCAUCCAAGCUGACAUCAUCCACAAUCUUCUCCAGUGCAAAGUUUUACAUUGCAGGAUUAAGUGACAUGACCUCUGCACAGAGACCACUUCAUUGACAUUAAGUGUCUUAAGUGGUCCUUUAAUUUUUGACAGAAGUCAUUAUCCUGCGAACUACAGACGAAGUGAAAGUGAAAAAGGGAAGUUUAGGGCAGGUGAGUGGACACACUGGAUACAUUAUUUUUUAUAUAUAUAAAUCAAUAGUUAAAUUAAGCUUAUCCUUGCAGUGUGUUUACUCAAUUCCGAUAUGAAAACAUGUUUUGUAAGUGAAAUGAAUGUGGCUUCUUUAUUUAAAAUGUUUGUCACUCUGUCAUGCUGUAUUUAAUCUGUUAAAUGUCCCUGUUCAGAGUCCAGCAGUAACGCACCACUUACAGACCCGAUCUCAUAUGUCCCAAUGAUGAGUGUAAAGCAAGACUUGAUAUCUGUUUUCACUGUCGAAAUAUCCACGUAUGAGUGUAUUUAAAAGUGUAUUGUGGGAGACAUAUUUGUCUCUCUCCAAACCAUAGGGGUCCGUUAAUCCAGCUGCUCGUGAUGAAACAUGAGAAGCCGGUGGUUUACGUGUAAAAUAAAACUCAAAUACCCUUCACAAAAAUGGAGUAAUGUUUCUUUGUCUGAGAUUUUAAAUAUCACCAGAAGCUCUUCACACACAGGACACUCACAGACAACCCCCA